UUUCUCUCAUUCUCUCACUCACAAAACUAACUUCUCCAGAUCUCUCUUCCUCUUCUUCUUUACUUACUCAUCAUCAUCAGAGAAGAUCUGAGGAAAUACAAAAAUGAAGCUCGGAAUCAUCAUUGUUGCUAUGACGCUAAUGCUCGUACUCGUCUCCGGUGAGAUUUCAACUAAAUCUUCACCAGCUCCGUCACCGGAUCUAGCCGUAAACCCAGCAGAUUCGCCUAUGAGUCACCGCGCACAUCCGCCGGAACUCGGAUCUCCUCCUUCUCCGGCGCAAUCUCCAAUUGAAUACUCUUCUCCUCCAGAACCUGAAACGACACACUCUCCUUCUCCUUCUCCUUCUCCGUCGAUCUCUCCGCCAUUACCGAAUGAUUCUCAAUCUCCUUCGUCGUCUUCGUCUCCGUCUCCGUCGCAGGAAGCUAGUGAUAUCAACCACAGCGAUAUGACUGGGAUCGAAGGGAAAAAAUCACCGUCGUCCGGAGGAGGAGGAAUGAGUGGAGGGAAGAAGGUAGGGGUAGCUUUCGGAGUGAUUGCGGCGGUGUGUGUGGUUGGAGUCGCCGGAUUUGUGUACAAGAAACGGCAAGAGAAUAUCCGCAGAUCUCGUUACGGUUACGCCGCCAAUGAGAUUCUGUAGAGAGAGAGAGAGAGUGAUCCGGCGAGAGGAUAGGUUGAAUUAAAUUUUUGAAUUUUUUGAUUUGGUAACUUUUUAAAAUUUGAACUCGAAAACAUUUAUUGGUAUUUUUUUUUGUCGUUCGUGUUAUUUGUAUAAUCUCUGAAGUUAUAUAACUUUCGGGAUGAUUAGGUUGCGAAAAUCAUACUAUGUGAUAAUUUUAUAAUUAUGUGAUGUUUAAUAAUGCAAUAUACACAACACUUUUAAUAA